GGCUAGAGAUUAGUAAAAAGUUGACAAAUCCUGUGCCGGAGAUAGACCAAUCAGAGAACUAACCAAGUAAACAAUGAGUGUCGCGCGGCCCAUGCAUCCCUCGUUGAUGGCCCAGCCCAGGCCCAGCCCAUUGGACUGCAUCACACAAUGUGCAUUCAGUUUAUGUACUGACGACAUUGACUUCAGUUCAUUAACAGGCUGGAAUAGUUUAGUGACCAUUAUUGCAAAUACAUCAUAGUUUGGUGGCCAUUUACGCAUUAAGCCCAUUUUUUCCUGUUACAUCAAUUUAUCCCUCCCGGCCCCCCGGCAGUCGGCCACGUGCCCUUACAUUGGUAAAAUACUGAAUCCAAUCAUCCAUCCCUUGCAAUAUUCUCACCUUUCUCCUCUCUGUCUCUAUCCUUCGUCUCCACCUUCCGGCCGUCAUCAUCCGGUCACAGAAGUCGGAAUCUUCCCUUCUCCGCGCCACGGAACGCAAUCAAACGGGCACGAUCAAACAGAACGUACCGGAAGCCAGAAAAGGGGGGAUCCAUACGAAAGAAUUAUCAACAUUCUUCCCCGCUGAGAGAUGCAUCCUCUCUACGCGGUGAUCGCGACGAGGAUGGUCUCGACGAUGUCCCAAUCCGGGUCCGGCGACGAGAUACCGUACGGGACCGUCACCUGGUUCGUCUACGCCGGCAUUUCCUGCUUUCUCGUCAUCUUCGCCGGCCUCAUGUCCGGCCUCACGCUCGGCCUCAUGUCUCUCAGCCUCGUCGACCUCGAAAUCCUCCAGCGCAGCGGUACCGCCGCCGAGAAGAAACAAGCAGCGGGUAUACUUCCGGUGGUUCAGAAGCAGCAUCAACUUCUGGUGACUCUACUUCUCUGCAAUGCCGCUGCAAUGGAGGCUCUACCUAUAUAUCUGGACAGGAUGUUCAACCAAUACGUUGCAGUUAUACUCUCAGUGACGUUUGUUCUGUUUUUCGGGGAGGUUAUUCCACAAGCAAUAUGCUCCAGAUAUGGACUCGCCGUGGGUGCCAAUCUUGCUUGGCUUGUGCGAGUUCUGAUGAUCAUUUGCUAUCCCAUAUCGUAUCCUAUUGGAAAGAUGUUGGACUGUGUAUUGGGGCAUAAUGAAGCUCUAUUUAGGCGGGCUCAGCUGAAAGCCCUUGUUUCCAUCCACAGUAAGGAGGCUGGGAAAGGAGGUGAACUUACACAUGAUGAGACGACGAUUAUAGCUGGGGCAUUAGAUCUAACUGAGAAGACUGCUGAAGAGGCUAUGACACCUAUAGAAUCAACUUUCUCCUUAGAUGUCAACUCCAAGUUGGACUGGGAGGCAAUGGGUAAAGUUCUGGCAAGAGGACAUAGCAGAGUUCCUGUCUACUCUGGAAACCCCAAGAAUGUCAUUGGACUUCUCCUGGUGAAAAGUCUUCUCACAGUUAGACCUGAAACAGAGACCCCUGUCAGUGCUGUCUCAAUCCGUAGAAUUCCACGGGUACCGUCAGAUAUGCCACUGUACGAUAUACUAAACGAGUUUCAGAAGGGAAGUAGCCAUAUGGCAGCUGUUGUUCGGGCCAAAGGGAAAAGCAAGACUGAAAAACAAGAAGAAAACAAAGCAACAGGGAAAGAUCAGCUAACGACUCCUUUACUGUCCAAAGUGGAGGAAACGCCUGGGAGUGUUGUUGUGGAUAUUGACAGGUUUGCAAGUCCAAGGGCCGGGUACGGAUUGCCUCAACAAUCAGAUCAAGAUAUAGAGGAUGGUGAAGUUAUUGGUAUCAUCACCUUAGAGGAUGUGUUUGAAGAACUCCUGCAGGAGGAGAUUGUGGACGAAACAGAUGAGUACGUUGAUGUUCAUAAAAGAAUUCGUGUGGCUGCUGCUGCAGCAGCAGCAUCAUCAUUGGCUCGAGUACCAUCAGGUCGGAGGUUAAUAACAGCCAACAAAGGCCCUGGUGGGCAGGGGAAGUCGGGGCAAACCCCGAGGAAAUCCGACCACGAUUCGAGUACCCCAAGGUCAUUAGGAGGAAGUGUCGAUGUCGCUGCAGAACCUUUUGUGAUCAAGAGAUCAUAGCAUAGUACAUAACAAAGUUCCAUGCCACUGGCUGCAGAGUUUUGAUCUUGAUCCUGUAAUUUUUUUGAGGCAACGAUACUCAGAGAAUGAGAGAUCCAAUUUUUUUCUUUUUUUGUAUGCAUCCGAUCCUGCCCACUGGUGUGCCUUAAAUGAUGAAGUACAAAAUAUCAUUGUAGCAUAUAAAUGAAAAAGGGUAGUCUAA